AUGCAAGGGAGAACUACCGAAGCAACAUAUGGGGGGACUUGUAUACCAGGCUACUAUAAAUACUUUGGGAGGCUCAAAGAUCUUACGGCAAAUAUUGGCGCGGGUGACGCUUCUUUCUACGCGCCUUCUGAAGUCAAGGACGCGUUGCAGACCGUAAUUUCUUAUCUGACUUUACCACGCACACACCCCGGGCCUCCUUCACUGGAUCUCCACUCGCGAUCACAGCAGCAAGGUUACACCCCUCCUUCAAACCAUUCUAUAAAUAAUUCUGGCAACUCUACCAGCCAAUCGACAUCCUUACAAAUUCCGUUCUCAUCUUCUGAGCCUCCGAGUCCACUAAAUUCAACCCCGUCCGUUCGGUACAACGUUAAAAUUAACCGCAAGACAACGCUGGACAGACUUUACACCUACCAUCACUCUGCAGAUCUUGUUGAGUAUCCGGAGACCAGCAAGUUCAGAUUCAUCGGCCAUUUGUUUGUCAUCGAUCUAGAAGAUUGGCGCAACCCCGCGCGAAAUUUCGCGUACUCACAGGGCGAACCGCGGGGUACAACGGGAAAGCGGACAAUAACCUGUUCCGUUUUGUUGGAUAAAGAUGGUAACGAGGUUCCGUGUUAUGUAUCCCAUGCCACAUGUAUGAAAGUUUGCCCGUUCUCCGAUAUGAAAAUGGCUCGUACUCCACAUGAAAAAGCGUCACGCGAAGAUCUUUCUCAGAGAUUAUUAGAAGAUCGAGCCACCCGAUUUCAGCAAGCAUCGCUCCAUCAAGCGCUAUUUUCGAAGACGCUUGCAUACUUUACUGCUAUAACGAAACAAGGCUGUGGUGUGCCACCAUUUGAAACAACGAUCUUCAAUGAAGAAGAAAUUCGGGUCCGAGAAGCAAGGCUACUUCAGGCAGAACGAGUUCAACGUGGCCAUCCGACCAAACACAAAUGCAACGGGCGAAUAAAAUUCAAUUAUGAUCGUGAAGGUACAAACCAUGUUCAUACGUGUUGUGGUUGGAAAGUUAUAGUCCAAUCUCUCCAGAGUGCCAAAUUUGGCAGGGAAAACAAGCUGAUUUCGCAUUUUUGGAGCAAUAAAUACAAUUUCUACAUGGAAAACUCCUGCGAGCACUAUAACCGGAAGAAAAAUCUCGAUCACUUUGUGGACUACGGUAUUGCGAAAGGGCUUUACAACGUUAAGUACCUCGAAGCACUUUUCAGCAAAGAUGCAGAGGCCAUUGAAGAAUUCGAGGAAGAGGCGGCUACACUUGAUAGUGUUGGUCCCCUUGUGAGCUGCAAAAGCAUCGCAAAUACCUCAACCAUAAAGGUGAACUGUCUGACAAAACAUCGAGAUGAGGAAGGUGAACUUGUCACCGCUGAGAUGAUACGCCUUGAGUGCGCAUGCACAUUCCGAAUUUUUCAGCCAACUGAGGCGUUUCGGGCUCAAUGCCCAAAUAUCCUUGUAAUUUGCCACGGGGAUCACCCACAUCCUAUCCCCAUACCAGCAAAGACACCGCCCUCCAUCCGAAGUAAAAUAAUUGAUUUACUCGGGGCUCUCCACCAGGAUCUUCCUGAUCUAACCCCUCGACGAUUUAUGCGCCACCCCACAGUCCAGGUGUUUUUACGAAAGCUUCUUCCUGAUAUCACGAACCCAACCCUUUCUGAUUUGCAUCCAUCGCUCGCCAACCGUGACCAUCUACGGAGCUAUAUUACAAAGGUCCAAGAAACACUAUUCCCCGAAGGCACUGGUUGGAAUGGUUUGCUUCACCUAAAAUCGCAACAGGAUUCCUCUACCUCUGAAGCACCUUACAUUAGAAAGCGCGUUUACCAAAGAAGCCUCCUAAUAUAUGGUGUAAUCACCGGCAACUUACUGUAA